AUGGUUAAGAAGUUGGAUCAACUUUCUCGAUCUGACGAUCCUGGACCCUAUGUUGGAUCCAUGUACGAGCAUCUCCGUGAGAUGGAGGUGAAGCAGAAUCAAAGACCAUUACCAAAUUAUAUGGAAAUGGUUCAGAAUGACGUAACACCAGCCACGAGAGGGGCUUUGGUUGAUUGGUUAGUUGAAGUUGCUGAAGAGUACAAACUUGGAUCUGAAACACUUUAUCUCACUAUCUCACACAUCGAUAGAUUCUUGUCUAUGAAGACUAUUAAGAAGCAAAAGCUUCAGCUUGUGGGAGUUUCUGCUAUGCUUAUUGCUUCGCCUCCUAAUGUGGAAGAUUUGUGUUACAUUACGGCUAAUGCUUAUACAAUACAAGAUGUUUUGAAGAUGGAAAGAGAGAUACUUCUCGCGCUUCCGUUUGAACUAGAAAGCCCUACCAUCAAUACGUUUCUGAGACGGUUGAUAAAAGUUGCACAAGAAGAUUUCAAAGUACCGCAAUUAAAGCUCGAGUCGCUCUGUUGCUAUUUAUCAGAAUUGACUAUACUAGAUUAUUACAUAACUCUGAAUUUUAUGCCAUCUUUGUUGGCUGCUUCUGCUGUCUUUCUCGCUAGAUUCAUCAUCCGUCCCGAACUACAUCCUUGGAACCAAAUGUUAAAAGAAUACACAAAGUACAAAGCUACUGAUCUACAAGAGUGUGUGGGAAUCAUACAUGACUUGUAUCUGAGUAGAAGAGGAGGUACUCUACAAGCUGUUAGAAAGAAAUACAAGCAGCCUGAGUUUCAUUGUGUUGCGACCAUGCCUGUUUCACCUGAGCUGCCGGUCACCUUUUGGACGGAUGUUACCAUUUGA